AGUUUUACAGGCGCGUGUGAUGGGACGCUGGGAAGAUGGCACACCCCCCAGACUUGAACUCUGAAGCCCAACGACCAACGGCUUCCAAGGACGGGAACCGACAAGGGACUGUGACUUACCUUCGCACGCAUCGCCAAAGAUACAUUCGCCCGCAAUGUCUUCGGUGACCGACGCUGCACCCGGGAAAGGGUCCAAAAUACCGCUCAGAACGUCGACGAAAAGCAACGUGAAACCCGUCCCCGAUUUCAGCAAACUGCACCAGAAAUGGGAAUCAAAGCUCGAGUCCAAACUCAAGAACCCGAAAUCGACCGCCGCCACGGCCGCGCGGAAAGAUCAUCUUGGCAGGAUGGAGACUGGGGGUGGUGUGAAGCCCGUUGUGAAGAAGCCUAUCGUUCCGGCUGCGAGGACGACGACGAAACCGGCCUUUUCAACCUCCCCCUUACGGCAAUCCAAACCCGCCGCUCGCCCACUGCAUCCACCCGCGCUCGACGCCCCACAACCAAAACCAACAGUCGGCGGGGUCAUCCGCACCGGGCUCUCCGGUCCCGCCCGCACCGCGCUCCGCAAACAACCCCGAAAAGAUCCGUCCGACGAGUUCAAUAACGCCGCGUUGGCGGAUAUCCUGAACAGCUGCGAUUCGAAUGAGCUGGAUACCAAGGCUGGGAUGGGGAGAGGGGCCGCGAGGGUGGAGACGAAGCGGGGGACGAUGGGUGGGGCGAGGAGGGUCACGACCGCGGUGAGGAGGGCGGGUGGGGGUUUGGGGACUUUGCAGGAGCAGGUCCCGGUGGAGGAACUGAAGAGGAAGUCUAUGUAUGCCGGUGCGAUACGGGUUCCCAAAGGAAAGCCGCAGCCUGCCACAACAACAACCGACGAAAACCUCCCCCGCCCCCCGCCUAUCUCCUCCGACAACAUCUUCAACCCCUCUUCGAAAUCAAACCCCUCCCCACCCCACCACCACCAGCACCCCACCCGCACGCCCCGCCCCCAUCGCCCAGCAGCAAUGCCAGCGAUGACACCCCGCCAACAACAAAACAACAAAGUCGCGCGCACGAUGGGGAUUUUGAUGGCCGAGGCGUUUGGGAUGACGCCGGGGCGGAGUGUGGUUAAGAGUAGGAGAAAGGGUGGAGGAGAGGCAUCGGGGCUCUUCACGCCGGGGAGGGUAGCGUGGUCGGAGGAGGCGGAGGAGGAGGAGUCGCCUUCGAGGCCUGUGAGGAGGAGGGAGGCGGGUGGGGUGGAGGAAAAGGCGAGCGGUGCAGAUGCUGCGGACGACGGGGGCCGCGAAACAGCUACGGAUGAUCCCGCCACAGGGACGCAUCAAGUUAACGGCCCAGACACUUCAGCACCCCCGACCACAACCCUGCCCCCCAUCAGCACCCUCCUCGCCGUUGCGCGAACCUCCCCCCGGGCCGUGUCGCCAUCCCCCGGCGCGCCACCCGCCGUCGUCGUGCACCCAGAGCCUACCAACCCACCCGCCCCCGGGUCCGAACCCCACCCCAAGCCCACCGGCCCAUCGCCAACCCCCUGGCGCGACAUCGUCGGCAUCGCCCAGCCCACCAACAACCCGUCCCAGUCCCCCGCACAUCAACCCCCGGGCAACACGACAACCGUCCGCCGCCGGCGCGCCUCCUCCUCCUCCCUCCGCCGCCACCGCCGCUCCUCCGUCUCGUCGCAAGGCUCGGCGAGACUGAGGAGGGAGCUGGAGGGGCUGGAGUGCCAGGAGAGGGAGUUGAGGAGGAGGUUGGAGAUGAUUUCUGCGGGGGAGGGGGGGGAGGGGGAGGAGGGGGAGUGGGAGUGGAGUGAGGAAGGGGAGGAAGAUCAGGAGCAAGAGGGGAUUGUGGGCGAGGAUGCUGUGGGGGGAUAGCUGAGGGCGAGACGGCGUAGUGGAC